AUGGGGUCAGGAAAGACAUUUAACCUCAUUCGUCAUAUUCUUAUAACAGAACGUUUAGGAAAUGACUCAUAUUAUGACCAAAUCAUUAUAUCAGCAACUUCAGACUCUAUGGACUCAACAGCGAAAACAUUUAUGUCAAAAGUUCAAGCCUCUGUCGUUAAAGUUCCAGACAGUGAACUCAUUGAAUUUCUUCAACGUUACAUUCGACGUAAGAGGAAAUAUUAUGCCAUCGUUGAAUUUAUACAGUCAGGAAUGCAAAAGACUUCAGAAGAGAUGGAAAGAAUUAUUGACAAACACCACUUACGUCAGUACUCAGGAGUUUACGAUAUGAAACGACUGACAAACUACAUUCUGUCAAAACUUUCAAAAUACCCCUUCAAAAAGUAUCCUUCAAACACUCUGCUCGUUUGUGACGACUUCGCCGGAAAAGGUUUAGUGUCAAAACCAGACUCACCAUUAGCUAACAUCAUAACUAAAGUCAGACAUUACCACUUAACUGUAGCAAUACUUAUGCAAACAUGGCGUUUCCUUGCUUUAAACAUAAAACGUCUCAUAACUGACUUCGUUAUCUUUCAAGGUUUCUCACGUUAUGACAUUGAACUCAUUUGGAAACAGUCAG